UGUUGGCAGUGUCCUCCCAGAGACAGGAAGACAGACCUGUCUCCCUCUCCCUCUGUCUGUUUAUUACACUCCCUCACUCUCUCUUUUUUUGUCCCAGCUGCAGUACAAAUCCUGGCUUUCCCUCACAGCUCUAUUAGCCUGCUCUGCUCCACACAACUGCUCCACGAUCUGAGACACACUGAGAAACAAAACACACACACACACAGCUUCAUCACACAGUGACACACACACACACACACACACCUCUCCUGGAGCUCCUGCAGAACCAGAGGAGGAGAAAAGAGGGUGGAAGAAUUUGGCCUCAAGUCCUGCAGCCGCCUUCAAACUGCUGGGAUGAGGUGGUGGCUGGUGGCGGCCACUUUGCUGCUGCUGGUGGUUAUAACCGUCUCGGACACCCAGGCCAGACAAAGACCUCGCAACCAUGACAGUGAGACCCGCCGCGGGAAGAGGAAGAGGGAUGGACAAGGUCAUGUGCGAACCAGAGCAGGGCACUCUAGACCACUGAAGAUCAGACUGAUUCCUGGUCCCAGCAUCCCAGUGGAUCCUGGAGUAAAUCAAGGAAACACUCUGUUCCUGGAUUCCUACAAGAGCAUACAUGAACAGAAGUCCAGCUACAAUGUUAUCCCAGGUAAGCAGGGCCAGUGUGUGUACCAGGGUCUGACCAUGUUUGACCAGGCCGUCUGGUCUCCAAAGCCCUGUGUGACUUGUCUUUGUACCGGAGGGCGGGUGGUUUGUGAUGAGAUCACCUGUCCCCAAACGCACUGCCAUUUCCCUUUCACCCCUGCUGGGGAGUGCUGCCCCGUCUGCAUGGAGUCAGACCCCGACCUCAGCCUUGACUUUUCUGGUGAUUCCUCAGUUCCCAUCUACCCCCCUGAGCCCGUAACACCUCUGACCCAGGAAGAGAUCCAGCGAAUUCUCUGGCGCGAGGAAGAGGAGCACCGCGAGAAGGAGGAGCGCCUGAGGAAGAAGGAUGAGGCGAGGAGGCAAAGGAGGAAGCAGAGGAAGGAGAAGGCAGAGAAACAAAGACAGAUAGUGGAGGAGAGGAGGAGAGCGGAGGAGGAGGCACUAAGGUUGCAGGUGGAGAGAGAGACGGAGGAGUGGAGGAGGCAUUUAGAGGAGGAGGAGAGGAAGAGGCAGGAGGAGAAGAGGAGACAGGAGGAGGAAGACAGAAGGCAGAAAGAGGCCGCAGAGAGAGAAGCAAGGGAGAGGGAAAGGAGGCUAGAGGAAGAAAGGUGGAGGCAGGAGGAGAUGCUGAGGGAACAAUUACUGGCUCUGGGGGAGGAGGAGGAAGAGGAGCCGCAGGAAGAGGUAGAGGACCUGCAGGAGAGGGUAAAGGAGCUGCAGGAGAAGGUAGAGGAGCUGCAGGAGGAGGUGGAGGAGGUGCAGGAGGAGGAGGAGGAGGAGGUGUGGCUGAGAGGAGAUGUGUUUGAGAUGCUCCCGAAAGAACCUGAAGAGCCUGAGGAACCAGACCUCUUCCCUGCUCCGAUCCCAAGACCUCCUGCAGCCACAGAGUACGAGCUGAAGGAGGUGGAAGCGGAGGUGGAGGAGAUGGAGGAGGCAGAAGAGGAAGAAGAAGAGGAAGAAGAAGGGGAGGAGAGAAAGGUGGUGAUAGUGGAGAGCAGUAGAGGCCUCCCUCCAGGCUGCUCCAUCUCUGAUGUCACUCUGACAUGUGACAAUGCCAAACUCACCUACUUCCCUCCUCUGUCCAUACCUGAGCUCAAGUCUCUCAGUCUGGAAGGCAACACCAUCAGCAGCAUCCCAGCAGAAGCCUUUAAUGGCAUCCCCAACCUGGAGUGGAUCAACCUGAAGAAGAACAAACUCACCUCUGCUGGCAUCGGUGCUAAAGCCUUCAAAGGUCUCAAGAUGCUAAGGCGUCUCUACUUGGAUGGGAACCUUCUAGAGACCGUGCCUGCGGACCUUCCCCCUACCCUGCAGGAGCUGAAGAUCAAUGAGAACAGACUGACAGAAAUGGAUAAAAACAGCUUCCAAGAUCUGAGCAGCCUGGUGAUUCUGGAGUUGGAGGGAAAUCUGCUGAGUGAGGGGAAUGUAAAUCCUCUGGCCUUCGCUCCCCUCCACCAGCUCUCCUACCUUCGACUGGGCAGAAACCACUUCCGCACCAUACCACAGGGCCUCCCCCCAGCACUGCUGGAGCUGUACUUGGAGAACAACCUGAUUGAGGAGAUCUCAGAGACCGUUUUUAAUCAGACCCACAGUCUCAACAUAAUUUCUCUGAGACACAACAGGCUGGAUGAGACCAGGAUCGCCCCGCUGGCCUGGAUCAACCACAGAAAUCUGGAGUCCAUCGACCUUUCACAUAACGACCUUUACCUGGUUCCGUCAUACCUACCCAGAUCUUUGGUCCACCUGGUGCUGGUGGGAAACAAAAUUGAGAGGAUACCUGGUUUUGUCUUUGCUCACAUGGAGCCUGGUUUAGAGUACCUCUACCUCUCUUACAACAAACUGGAUGGUGAAGCAAUUGAACCGGAGUCGUUCUUCGGCACAUACCAAUCAAUGGUGGAACUGUGUCUGGAUCACAACCAGCUGGUCUCUGUCCCAUCUGGCAUCAACGAGAUGACCAACUUACACUUUCUCAGACUCAACGAUAACAAGAUCAGGAGUAUCUCUGAUGAAGGCAUCUGUGACCCAAACUACAGUGGAGACUCUACUCUGGUGGCCGUGAGGCUGGAAAAUAACUACAUCGACCCCCAGAAGGUCUCACCAACAGCCUUCUCCUGUGUACGCUCCUCCUCCAGCGUGGUCAUAAAACCCCAGAAAACCAAGUGACCACACAAAACCAAAGCUUCAAAGACGUUUGUUUAAAUCCCCAGAAACACAAGGGCAAUGAUUUUUUAAUGAGCCUAGAGAAGUCAAAACGUAAGACAUAUUUCCUUCACUAGCUUCCUCAGAUGAUGUAUGUUAUUGAAAUGACACCCAAAAUAAUAAGAAAUUAGUUAUAAAAAAGGCUCUGAUGUUCAGGUUGGACAUGAAAAAAAGGAGAAUUUAACUGUCAACACAGUUACUGCUGAUGUAAUUUGUACUGUCUCGACUAAGUUGUUUUGCACUGUCGCCUGGCCCACAUUAACCUGGUAGGAAGAUGACAGAGCACCUUCAGACUUCAAAAUAAAACACAUCUGUCUCCUUGAGUAAAAUGUCAAACUCUCUAAAAUGGAAAGAACUCCUGCACCAUACACACUAAAACGAAAAUGCUAAUAAAGAAAUGGAAAGAAUUCAAUGAAAUGAGACCACAAACCCAACACAUUAUUUUUAACAACCUCACCACCUUCAUGUUCCAUUUCCCAGCUCUGUUUCUUCCAGUGCCUUCUUUCAUAAAAACUAUGACAUGGACUGGAGUAGUGUGAUCACAUGUGUGACACAUCCUUUGAGCUCUUUAAGUUACAGAUUAAGAGCAGUGGUAAAGGAUUAAGUUAAAGUGAGUGCUGUUGGAGAGCUUAUCCUUCUCACAGAUGAAGACAGAAUAUGUACUAAAAUGAUAUGUCAGCCCAUAUCCUCCAUCUUUUCCAUUCUUUUAUUUGCAUUUAAGUGGACAGAAGCUGGAUAGUAACUUCCUCUGGUGCAGUUAAGUCAGAUUUAUUCUUGAAGUGAUGGGAUUCUUUGAGAUAUGGUGUAGGUUUAGAGUUUUGUAGAUUUAGAGUUAAGCGUCACAUUUCACCCAUUGAUGGCCCCAGAACAACUGACACAUGUAUUGUACAUAAUCAGGAUUCAGUGUACUUGAUUUGUAUUCCCAGCAGUUUCACUUGAAGGGGAACCCACUAUUUUCAACCAGGACCCUAUUUUUCCAUGUUUUUGUGUCUAACUCGUGGGAACAACAACUUUGAAAACUGGUCCAGUACUGGGAGAGAGUGCUGCAGCCAGCAGUGGUGAAACAGGCGUCAAUGUAACCACUUGGAGCAACUUAUGUUGAUUGAAAGAGCUUGUUCUUGCCAAUAAAGCCCAGUUCAGACCAAUGAUUUGCAACGAGAUGAAACCAUUUAAACUGUGAACUGGCCAGUCUGAACUUGACUCAUGCCGGCUGAUGGUGAGACCUGCAACUCAGCUGGUCAAAUCACCAGCAGCUGGUUUUAGGACAUAAAAGCACGUCACCCAUCUGUACAGCCAGUCGGUUUUUAGUGAAGUCCACUCAUAAAGUCAAAAUGACCGCAGAUGCUUGCUGCGGUGGGUGCUCUGUCCCUGCCAAGCACUCUGUUUCGGUCCUCACGGUGUGCUAGUGUCGCACGGUGGGUCGCUGCUGCUGCUCGCUGUUUGUACUUACGCACAUACACCCCCCCACACACCAACCCACCCACACGCAUUCUUGUUUCCUGAUUAAUUGACGCUGGAUAUUUACAUUAUUGUGGCCUAUGCUUGUUUUGUUUAUUUUUCGCCAUUUCCUCACUACAACAAAUGCAGCUGUAGCCAGUAUCUCACUAUCACUAUCCUCAUUCAUAUUUUAAGAAGCUAUAAAUUAUAUUCAGCCACAAAAUAAGCCUGAAAAGCUGGAAAUCAGAAGGGAAGUACGGAGAGUUGUUGCACAGGGAUGAUAAGCCAUCUUAUCUAGUUGCAUUGGUGUGAACCAACAGGUUUCUAGAAAGUUGCAGAACGGUGCAUUGCAAGUAGCUGUCUGUUUGAACUGGUCUCAACUAGACUUAAUAGACUAAGAUUGUUAUUGCAAGUCUGACAGCAUCAUAGACGGGCUACUAUAAAGAAAUCAAAUGUUUUUUUCUUAUUUUGCUUGUUUCGGAUGUUUUGUGUCCUAGUCCUGCUAAAGGAGAAGUCUUGUUCUGAAAUCGCUCUGACUUUUCCACAUUGUCAAAAUCAGCAAAGUAUUCAGCCAUGACAUCAAAAAUCUUUUAAAUAAUAGUAAGAUACUCUUUUUGUACUCCAACACUAACUAUUAUCAGCACUCCUCCAACUCUUACUCAUGUUUCCUCUGUUUUCGUCACACAACAAGUCACCUCUUGUGAGAUUUCCGAACGAGACCUCUUGUUACCGAUACUUAGACACAAGAGAACAGAACAGGUGAAAGGUAUGGAAAAACAUGUCCUUGCAAGGGUCUGUUCCGUAAUGGUGUAAGACACCCAUUAUAAUAAUCUGAGCCUGCCAGUGGCAACAACAACUAACGCACAAAGCAUACCUUUUGCUGCUGCCACCUGCAGCACUCUCUCUCAAUACUGGACCAAUUUAAAAAAAAUGUUGAUCAUUUAAGUCCCUUAGACACAUAAACAUAGGGUCCUUAAAAACAGGAAAAUUGGGGUCCAGGUUGAAAAAUACAAGAGUUACCCUUUAAAUUUGUGAUAAAUGGAUAUGGUGAAACACACACGUACUUAACACAUAACUGGAGCUACAUUCUGGUAAGUUCUAUUUUGCUUUGCCUCAUUACUGAAUAGGAAUCCAUUCAGCACAGUUGUUUACAUGUUUUCAUUCACUGUUAACUGUGGACUGUAGCGAGCAGCAGGUUUGCUACAGACUUUCAUGGUGAUGAGUAUUACUGUGUGGACUAUGGAGUCUGAGGAAACACAAUUAGUGGGACAACCCUCUAACAAAUGCCUUUGAGAUGUGGGAGGAACCACUGGCUCCAGAAGUAUUUUCCCCAACAGUAAAUUCCCAUUUCAAAGUUUUCUUUUCAUGUCCUCAGUGUUCCUCAACACACAAGCAUUAUUUAACCACUCUAUAGGUCUUUGUUUAUGCUUCAAGUAUCAACUUGUGUACGUGUUGUAUAAUGUAUGAAUAAUAACUCAACAUCAGCACUGACAGUGAAUAAAAGAAGGCUUCUGCAGGUUCGGAGAGUAAUUCCUUUAUGUGUGAGCAGGGAAGAGGUGGAUUAAAUCUUCUUGUACUUGCAGAUUGUACCAUUGCUUUAAAAAGCAUUGACUUGAAGUACAGUGUUCCAAACAAUUAGAAAUUUUAGUUAUUAAAUGUUUGUUUGUAAUGUACAAAUACCAAAAAUGUUUGAAUAAAAAAAAACUGCCCGGUUUGCCCUUUACUUUGCUCUUGGCUGGCCAACAUGCAUAAAUUAUGACAAAAUGUCUAUUUGAUGUGUCAAAAUUCAUCUUCUAUAGUUUAACACAAUGUUAUGAUGCAGAAUUAAAAUAAACUUCAUGUUUCAAUAA